AGUAAGCCUCGGACUACAGAUACCAAAACACAUGUCAUAGUGUCGCAGUCAUGAGCGCACUAAUAUGGACCAGAGGAGUAAAACAUCAAACGUAGACUAAUCUAGCUAGGUAAGUACUCCAUCAGAUUAAUAACACUGAAGAUAACCAUGAUGAACCCUGAGGAAAGUGAGAGGAUGUCUGCGCUCCUGUCCACAUAUCUGGAGAGGCGUGUCAUAGGAACAGAGAAGACGAUGAACAUCAACAGGAGAUUGAUAGUUUUAAGUGAACUUUUUGAAAAAAAAGAUUUUAGUGAAUUUAUUAAAACUGGAAGUUACGGAGAAGGAUGUUCUAUAAAAGGUUCAGACAUUGACCGAAUGUUAGUAUUCACAAACAUAGAAGGAGUACACCCUGAUCAGUGUAAUAAUAUUCCUCAACACCUGGCACACAAAACUAUUCUGUGCAUUCGCGAGGCAGACUGUCGCCCUGGCUAUGUCCAAUUAGAGCUAGUUCAGCUAAAACAACCAGUAGAUGCACCCUUUUUGAAAUCAAUAGUUAGAAUUGAGAAUUCAUUCUUUAUUUCCAGUGAUAUCUUCAGAGAGGAACAUGUUCUUUCUCAAGUGUCUUCCACAGGUUUUAAAUUUGAAUCCAAUGGACCAAGUGCUAGAUAUAACUAUACAGAAUUUGCUGGAGCAGACACAGUUUGUUGCUUUCCGUACAACAGUUGGCCAAAGGAAGCAAAUGAAUGGAUUACACGUACACGUCUGUAUGGAUGGCCACAUCCAACCUUAAUCAACAAGAUUGUAAACAGUGGAUGCCAUCUUGUUCCAGUUGGGGAUAAAUGUUCAGACGAUACAUUUUUACAAUGGAGAAUCUCAUUUGCAGCAGCAGAAAGAUCAUUAGUUCAUUCCUUUAGUCACAUCCAAGUCAAAGUAUACGUGCUGCUGAAAUAUGUUUUAAGACAAAUUAAGGAGACAUUAAAAGAAACCAUUGGGGAUGACGACAUCUUGUGCUCCUACUUCCUUAAAACAAUCAUGUUUCAUGCAAUAGAAAAUUCAAGCCAAAUGCUCUGGCAAGACAAGAACCUUUUUUAUUGUUUUUGGUUUUGCUUCAACAUUCUGAUUGCGUGGGUCAAGGCGGGAUUCUGUCCCAAUUACGUCAUCCGAGUCAACAACUUGUUCCAGAGGAAAAUACACGGACAGAAUCAACAAAUACUGUUGGAGAUUUUGGACAACUACUCUCGUAUGAAAUGGGAGAGCCUAUCAGUAAACAACUUUAAAGAAACUUCAAUUUUGGAGCAUCUGUGUAACACCUCCAUGCAGGCUGAGCUUCUUCGUCCACGGACUUUACAAGAAAAUAUUAUGAAUCAGGACGCGUAUAUUCUUCCUAUGUCAUUGUAUUCAUUAACAUUUACCACAUCAUCAAUGAUGAUUGGAAAGGCAUUAAACUUAUGUUUAUCACAGUCAAAUGCAGAGGAAAUGUACACAUACAUGUAUGUCAAAGUUAUGGAUGGUGUCAGAUGUCUUUCAUCAGGACUAAUCUCCAAUGGUAUGUGUGGAAAUGAGGCUGCUGCGGGUAACAAGGCCAAAUACCAGCGUCUGAGGAAAUGUAAGUACUUGAUGACUCCCAUGGCUUUAUUCGGUACAGAAGGGUUGUAUUUAGCAACUUUUCAUUUUUUGACUGGAAAUAUCAGCAAAUGCCUGGAGCUUAGCAGGCGAAUAUUGAAACCAGCAUCAUACUUCAAAAAAUGCCAUAAACUUGAUCCAGAACUGUGCACAUUGUACAAACACCUGUAUCACCCUGGCUGCACAUUAGAAAGGCUCCAGAAAACGUACAUUCACAGCAUUACAUUUGUAAGCAAGUACAUGCAUCUUCCUCAUCUUUGUCUAGAGCUGCUCAUAGGAGAAUUAAUAAACAUUCCACCUCUACCAUAUGUCUUGUUCCUGAACUUCCUUUGUUACCACGAGAUUGGAGACACCGGAGCGCGUGAUGAAGCAUUACACCAACUGAUACAGAUUCAGUAUCACGAUGCACAGGGAGGACACAAGUACUGGAUCGUUCACACACUUCUGGGGAUCUGUUAUCAAACACUCGGGGACUAUCAAAGGGCCAUCAGGGCUUACUGGGAGUCAUCACAAUCACAGGAUCCUUUUAAUGUGAAGAACACUGGUAUUCACAGAAUAGCAAUAGUGUAUCUAUGUAUGUAUGUCUCACAGAGGUCUGCGACAGGAUAGUUGUGGUGUAUCUAUGUAUGUCUCAGACGUUUGACAGAGAAUAGCUGUGGUGUAUCUAUGUAUGUAUGUCUCACAGAGGUCUGACAAAGGAUAGCUGUGGUUUAUCUAUGGAAAUAUGCUCACAGAGGUCUUACAGAGGACAGCUGUGGUGUAUUAGAUGAACGAGUGUUAAAUCUGUCCUAACUAAUGGAGUAUUUUUAAUUUGUCAUCAUGCAGGAGAUGCUCAGCUCAAUCUAUUAGCUGUAUGAACUUAUUUUCCGAUUGCGACACUUCAACUCAACGACAGCCAUUCGAAAAUAGAUAAGAACUGCAUUAGAGACACAGAAAUUGACACGAACUUUUAUUGCUUUUUAACCGUCAGCUGCAAAAAAGGGUAUUUGCGAUAUCUCUACAAUCAUCAGAUUUGCAUACUGGAGUUCAUUCAGAUGGCGUAUUCAGAAAACUGUGGGGAGUGGGAAACAACUUUUAGUCAAUUAUACAAAUAUGGGUAUAACGGAGAGUGUACUGCAGUUAUCUCCCCUUGAACCACUCAAAUGUUAUGUAACAUACUGAAUUGAUCUCCCAUCAAACCACUCAAAUGUUAUAUCAUAUAUUGUACUUAUCUCCCCUUGAAUCCCUGAAGUGUUGUGCAAUAUGCUGUUGUGAUCAGUUUCCUGAAUCACUCAGUGGCUAUGUAAUAUAAAGGAAUUAUCUCCAUUAAAUCACUGAAGUGAUAAUGAAGGUAUCUCCCCUGAAUCAUUCAUAUGUUUUGUAAUACACUGGAGUUAUCUCCCUUUAAUCACUCAAUAGUUACCUUGAAUCAUUUUUGUGACAUUGAAAUUAUCUCCGUUGAAUCACUAAAGUGUUGUGUAAGGUCACGCACAACUCAUUCAGCCAAUCAGCUGGUGCUUCACCUGAAUCAAGUUCCUAAAGAAAAUGGGUUUCUUGGCUUUGUAGCUUUUUCCUGAGUAAAUAACACAUACAAUGGGUACUUUCUAUAUACGAGAAUAAAGAGUAGGGUCUUGAGUUUCUAAAAAUCAAAAAUAUAAACUCCUGGUAUAAAUGAAAAGAUGUGGGAUUCUAGGUGUAAAAAGGCGGGAAUUCCCCGGGUGGGGGUUCCCCUGCCCACUGUAAAUAUCAGGGUUACUGUCUUCCAAGUACUGGUGAGCUUUUAUAUGAUAUUAACGUAUCCAAUAACAUAAUUUUUCUGGUAGGGAAAUCUUCAAACUUAAAUUUCAAAUGAGCGAUUGAGGGGAUGGAGUCAUUGGUAAUAACAUAUAGUGAAAUAAUUGGUUGUGUGAGACCUGUAAUAUACUGUUGUUAUCUCCCUUUGAACCACAUUUACUCUUGUGUAAUAAAACUAUGUUAUUGAAUGUCGGAAUUCCAUUCACAACACAAGCGAGCACAGGUAAAUCGGGGAUUGAUAAAAAGUCAGUUUUACAUAGAACCAAUAAAGAUCACUCUAUGGUGGGAGUGAAUAUCCCUCCGGAAUGUCAUGUUAUUAUUUUCUGCUUUUCGUACUUAAAUAUCCAGCAUAUACGAUUCAGACAAUUUUGAUAUACGUGUACUAUUUUGAAAUGAUAUAACCCACAUCACUUACUCAGCAGAACUUGAUUAUACUCUUAGAAGAACUAUAGGGUGCUAUAUGGUGCUUGAAGUAUGGGGCAUUAUAGUGACGAUUAUCACUUUUAGUAAUAAAUAAAAGAAUCGGAACAAGCAUUUUAUCAUAAACAUAUCAAUGGCUACCUGGUCAUAUCAAAAACGAAAUACAAAAUGAUGUAUAUAACACUGUAUAUUUGUCUGUGAUUUUCUUUCAGAUCUUCCAAAGUAUGUAGUUCAGAAUGAUGGUCAUGUUUUCAAUGAAACAAUACAAACUGAAUAAUCAGCCAUUUUUGUUUUUACCUCGAGUUGUAAAUAUGUUGUAAAUAAAUUGUUGACUGUGUUUAUAUGCCUUUUGUCUAAACUUGUGAAUAAUAGUAUGCAUUCUGACACCGAACUAGGACAAAAUGCGAAAUGUAAAAUUAGCAAACAAACUGAAUACUCAGCCAUUUUUGUUAUUACCGGGAGUUGUAAAUAUAUAUAUAUAUAUAUAUAUGGUGUAAAUAUUUUGUUGACUGUGUAUAUCUAUAUAUUUUUUUUCUGAACUUGUGAAUAAUUGUAUGCAUUCUGAAACCGGACGAGGACAAAAUGUGAUAGCGAUAGGUCAUUUCCUGCCUGUCACUCGUGUGGCUAAUAUUUUGAUAUGUUUCACUCGUGCUGCGCACUCGUGAAAAAUAUCAAAGUAUUAGCCCCACUCGUGAAAUAUAUUUGGUAUUACUGAAGACACUGUUAGAUAUCCUCUAUAUAUUGUCAUACGAUUCUUAAACUCCAGUCAAAUCAUGACAGCUUAUAACAAAAUGCCACCCAAUAUGGCACUUCGAAAAUGACAGUUGACAGUCCCAAAAAAUAAAACCUGUUGAGAGUAAAUCUAUAAAUAUUUGUCAAAUCAUCACUCACCUCUAUGAAGAAUGUUACUGGAAUAUAUGUAAUUCAGUGCAAGACAGAUUUGCACAAACCAGUCGAAAAUUACCUGAAAGGAAAGAUGAAGUUCGCUGAAUAACAGUAUAGGAGAAGUUUCAACCUCUAACAUCACAUUAACAUUGUAUCUCUGUUUGAUUUUUUUUAAGAAUCCUUUCUUUAUUACUUUAAAUUAAAAGAUAAUUUCAAGAAAA